AUGCUGGCGGCCCUCAGGAUGGCGUCCACCCCGUCAGCCAAGGCUGCAGCCGUCUCUGCCGUCUCUGCCGCCUCUACAGCCUCUGCAGCCUCAUCAACCAUCUCGUCGACUCUCCCGGCUCUGCCUGCCUCGGCCACCCACGGCGCGCUCACCUUUGAGCUGCUGGCCCGCUGCUCGACCACGCGGGCCCGUGCCUCCAUCCUCACGCUGCCUCAUGGCCCCGUCCAACUGCCCGUCUUCAUGCCCGUCGCCACGCAGGCUUCGCUCAAGGGCCUGACGCCCGCCCAGCUCGCCGACACGUCCUGCCGCCUCUGCCUGAACAACACCUACCACCUGGGCCUCAAGCCGGGCCAGGCGGUCCUGGAUGCCGUCGGCGGCGCGCACGCAUUCCAGGGCUGGCAGCACAACCUGCUGACCGACAGCGGAGGCUUCCAGAUGGUGUCCCUGCUGCAGCUGGCCACCAUUACGGAAGAGGGAGUGCGCUUCCUGUCGCCGCACGACGGCCAGCCGAUGCUGCUGACGCCCGAGUACUCGAUUGCCCUCCAGAACAGCAUCGGCUCCGACAUUGCCAUGCAGCUGGACGACGUGCUGGUGACCACGUCGCCCGACGCCGAGCGCAUGCAGGCCGCCAUGGAGCGCAGCGUGCGCUGGCUGGACCGCUGCAUCGCGGCGCACCGCAUCCCCGAGCGCCAAAACCUCUUCUGCAUCAUCCAGGGCGGCCUCGACGUGGCCAUGCGCCGCACCUGCACGCGCGCCAUGCUGGCACGCGACACGCCCGGCAUUGCCAUUGGCGGCCUGUCGGGCGGCGAGGCCAAGGCGGACUACUGCCGCGUGGUGGCGGCCGUGACGGAGCUGCUGCCGCCGCUCAAGCCGCGCUACGUCAUGGGCAUCGGCUACCCCGAGGACUUGGUGGUCAGCGUGGCGCUCGGCGCGGACAUGUUCGACUGCGUCUGGCCGACACGGACGGCGCGGUUCGGCAAUGCCAUCACGCGGCACGGCGUGCUGAACAUCAAGCACCAGCGCUAUGCCACAGACUUUGGCCCUAUCGAGGACGGCUGUGGGUGUCCGUGCUGUCGGCCGGCCACCGCCGAGGGCGCGGCGAACAGAGAUGGAAGCGGGGGCAGUGUGCCCGAGAAUGGGGCCACCAAUGGCGAACAGGCCAGCCGGCCCCGUCCGGCCAUUACGCGCGCGUUUGUGCACCACAACGCAUCCAAGGAGACGGUGGCCGCGCACCUGCUGACGAUGCACAAUGUGUGGUACCAGCUGGCGCUGAUGGCCAGUCUGCGCGAGGCCAUUCUCCAAGACCGCUUCCCCGCGCGCGUGCGGGAGUUCUUUGCCGAUCUGUACCCCAACGGACCGGGCGACUACCCAGACUGGGCCGUGGACACGUUGGCGGGCGUGAACUUGAAUCUGCGAGACUAA